AUGGCGGACGCUAUUAAGUUCUCAUCUAGGCCUCAAUAUUGUCAUGAUGUCUCUUGGUAUCCCCUGAGCUACAGAUGGCCCAGCGUAAUCUUUAACCAGCACUUUGGCCUGCCUCCAUUAUUGGACCCUAGAGACCUGAGUUGGAUGGAAGGUAUUCUCAGAAGGCUGGGGACGUCUGCUUGGCCCGGGUACUUACGAUCACCUGCGCUCGCUCCCUUCAGUCAGGCCGCGGGACAGACCAUCUCUAAGCUGCACAGAGAGAUGAGAGGAGGGUUAUCAGAAGUGGCUAGCGAGAUGUGCAAGUGGAAAAUUAGUCUGGACGUCAAUCACUUCGCUCCCUCUGAGAUCACGGUGAAAAUACAGGACGGAUUUUUGGAUAUUGCAGGCAAACACGAGGAGAGACAAGAUGAGCAUGGGUACAUUGCUAGAUCUUUCACAAGAAAGUACAAUGUUCCAGUUGGUGUAGAUGCUGAAAAGAUCCAGACGUUUGUGUCAGCGGAUGGGAUUCUUACAGUGGAAGGGCCAUUACCCAGCAUUCCACACCCUGCUGAUGUCAUUAUCCCAGUGCAGGUUGAGUUGGAAGCACAAACCACGGAAGAGAAACAAACGGACGGCCAUGAGCCUCAAGCUGAGGGUAAACCAGAAACCUUUCAACCCUUGGGUGUACCCGGAGAGCAUCUUGAGGUGGAAGCUCAGGAACGUCCUGGAGGCCAGCAGAUCGUAUCCGAAAUGUCCCGUUCUGAUGUAGGCCCGUCCGGAGAACAAGCAGCUCCGUCCAUCACAGAGCCAGCAGUCGACGUUGGUGAACCCGGAGAGGAAGACAAAGACAAAACCGUUCACGAGGCAGACGUGGACACAGAUCGAGACAGCGAGGACAUCUACGCAGAAAAGCCCCAGGCCCCGGAGACUCCAGAUACCGUCAUCUCAGAGCAAGAAGAGCAGGCAGAGGUCAUCUCAAUUGGCCAGCCUCAGCAGUCUGUGGGUGAAGAAUAUACAUACCCUGCUGUGACAGCAGAUGAGCAAUCAACCUUCGGGCAAACCCAAGAGAUCUUCAACCCACAGCAAGUGCUCCAGAAGGAAAUAGCUGUGGAAGAAAUGGAAGUCGCCAAAUAG